GUCAAAAUAUAUUUCUCUGCACUACAAAUCCAGAAGUCAGAGGCUAGAGAGUUCCAGUUUAUGUUGCUACGGACUUCAAGAUUAUUCAGAAGUAACUUUUGCUGUAUGAUUCUGUUUCUUUAAGCUCAACAUUCAUUUGAAAGUUUUAUCUACUGUUCCAAUCUCAAGCUGUUUGCCAGUACAGCUUUACGCAGCUGAAGAGCAGAGACAGGAAACUCGACUCCUUUGCUCUGCUCUCUCCUGAGCAAUAGUUUGAAGCCUUCUUUGGAGAAACACAUUUCAAGAGAUUUUCAAGUUGCAAGCUGUGUGCCUGAAACACAGCAGAAGAUGUCAGUGCUGAGCCGUGAACCGAUUGGAGAUGACCUCUUGGAUAGCAAAUGGACCAGUAUUGGCGAAGGAGGAUUUGGUGAAGUCUACAAAACCAGGCACAAAAAACUGGGCUUUGAUGUGGCCGUUAAGCUGCUUCGUCAGAGCCCCGUUUAUGAGGAGGCUGAAAUAAUGGAAAAGGCUUCCUCUCCCUUUGUGCUGAGGGUUUAUGGUAUUUACCACGGACGUCCACGGAUGCUGGAUGGAGGAACGACACAUGGAAUAGUCAUGGAGUUUAUGGAGAGAGGGUGUAUUGGGAGUCUGCAGACUGCUUUACGUAAAGCUGAAAGACACAUCCCAUGGCCACUAGCAUUCCGUCUAGCCCAUGAAGUAGCUCUGGGAAUGAACUUCCUUCACUCAAAAGGCCUAUUACACCAGGACCUAAAGCCAAACAAUGUAUUGCUGAAUGAUGUCCUAAAAGCAAAGCUGGGAGACUUUGGUCUAUGCAGGACUUCAGCUACUCAUGUGGGUAGUCAACCUGGAACUGGAGAGACUGGAGGCACCCUUAGAUACAUGCCACCCGAGUCUUUUGAAUUGUCAUAUAAACCUGUUCGGAACUUUGAUGUGUACAGUUAUGGUGUUCUUCUUUGGUCUAUCUUCAUGGGUCAGGAACCUUUUCCAGACGCCAAUGUCUGUGCUCUGACGAUUCACAUUAAGAAGGGGACGAGACCCAAAUGUGAAGACCUUUACAGCAAACCUGUACAGGGGUUGAGGGAGUUAACUGACCUUAUGAAGAAGUGCUGGGAUGGAGAGCCGUCUAACAGGCCAGCUUUUAGUGAGAUCAUCGAGGAAACAGAGAGUGUGUUCUUAAUGCACAAGCAGAAGAUCCAUGAAGCUGUCAAUGAUGUUGUGAAAAUACUGGACUCAUCAGACAGUGAUCAACAAUCUGAGCCAAGUGUGGCACAAAGUUUGACUCCAGCAUCAGAAAAGCCAGUGUUUAACGAUGUAGUCGAUCAUCCUGCGCACCAACACCAGAUUCCUGAUAUCGUUGAAAAAGAAAAGACCGUGAAAGAGAAAGCCAAGUUUAUAGAUGACAAUUUUGCAUAUUUAGUGCAAAACAUCUCCGAAGUAAUGCCAAUAGUAGAUGAAUUAAAGCCAAGUAUCCACCAAGAAGCCUACUCGAGGAUACUACAUAAAGAUACAAGCUGCCGCAAAGUAAGAGAACUCUAUGAGGGGCCAUUGAGAGCAGGUGGAAAAAAGCUCAAAGCGGCCUUCUAUGAUGCCAUUGUAAAACACCAGCCCGCGACGAUAGAGGACCUAGAUGAUUAACUCCAAACAAAUGCUGUGGCCACCCUUCAUUCACGGAAAAAGAGGACUUCUUUCCAUGGUGGGGCACCCACAGUCUUCACAAGAGCUGGGAAUUCAGAGAGGCAGCAUUAGGUCGGUUUACAGCCACAUGCAUGGAUUACGUUACUAACAUGCUAAAAUGCCUUAGUUUGUUAACCACCGAUACUGGUAGACAUCCGCAGAUAUCCUCAUUUCAUGCAACAAUGAUCUUUUGUAUAGCAUAAAGAAGCUUUUAUUAAAUGUUAUUAACUGUUGUGGGAAUUCAAUGUUAUUCAAAAAUGUAAAUAGUCAAAGAUGAAAAAAAAUAAUAUAUACUGUAUAUACACAUAUAUCUAUAUUUUAGAUUAUUUUGUUGUAUGGGCAUGUAUGACAGUCCCAUUUCUAUUUUAACACUGUAGUUAAGCAGCAAUGUUUAAGAAUUUUGAGCUUUGUAAAAAAGAAUAUAUAAGUGCUCUUGUUGAAUUGUUUUUAUGCUGUGGCAAUGUUAAAUGUUAGUUUUUCUUUACAUUAGUUUUUUUUUUUCAUUUAAAUAAAUGCU